UACGCCCAAGAUGGCGGCCUCCAUGUGCGACGUGUUCUCCUUCUGCGUGGGCGUGGCGGGCCGAGCCCGGGUAGCCGUGGAAGUCCGCUUCGUGAGCAGCGCCAAGGGAAAGGGGUUGUUUGCCACACAGCUGAUCCAGAAGGGGGAGACCAUAUUCAUCGAACGGCCCCUGGUGGCCGCACAGUUUCUCUGGAAUGCACUUUAUCGCUACCGAGCCUGUGACCACUGCCUUCGGGCACUGGAGAAGGCAGAGGAGAACGCCCAGAGACUGACUGGGAAACCAGGCCAGGUUUUGCCUCACCCUGAGCUGUGCACUGUGCGCAAGGACCUACACCAGAAUUGUCCCCACUGCCAGGUGACGUACUGCAGUACAGAAUGUCUGCUAGCCGCAGCUGAGCAAUACCAUCAGGUCCUGUGCCCAGGCCCCUCCCAGGAUGACCCCCUGCAUCCUCUCAAUAAGCUGCAGGAGGCAUGGAGGAGUGUUCACUACCCCCCUGAGACUGCAAGCAUCAUGUUGAUGGCCCGGAUGGUGGCCACAGUGAAACAGGCUAAGGAUAAGGAUCGUUGGAUCAGGCUCUUCUCCCAGUUCUGUAAUAAAACGGCCAAUGAGGAGGAGGAAAUUGUCCACAAACUCCUGGGGGACAAAUUCAAGGGCCAGCUGGAGCUUCUGCGGAGACUCUUCACAGAGGCCCUUUAUGAGGAAGCACUCAGCCAGUGGUUCACUCCAGAUGGAUUCCGGUCUCUCUUUGCUCUUGUUGGGACCAAUGGCCAGGGAAUUGGGACCAGCUCCCUGAGCCAGUGGGUCCAUGCCUGUGACGCUCUGGAGCUGAAGCCUCAGGACCGUGAGCAGCUGGACGCCUUCAUUGACCAGCUGUACAAGGACAUCGAGGCAGCAACUGGUGAGUUUCUUAACUGUGAAGGAUCUGGCCUCUUUGUGCUGCAGAGCUGCUGCAACCACAGCUGUGUCCCCAAUGCAGAGACCUCCUUCCCAGAAAACAACUUCCUUUUGCAUGUCACCGCCCUGGAGGAUAUUAAGCCAGGAGAGGAAAUCUGCAUCAGCUACUUAGACUGCUGUCAGCGGGAGCGCAGCCGCCACAGCCGCCACAAGAUCCUCAGGGAGAACUAUCUGUUCGUCUGUUCCUGCCCCAAAUGUCUGGCAGAGGCUGAUGAACCCAACAUGACCUCUGAGGAGGAGGACGAUGAAGAGGACGAGGAAGGAGAGCCAGAAGAUGCUGAGCUGGGGGAUGAGAUGACUGAUGUGUGAUGUCAUCCUGCCUGGAAGUGGUCCUACCCCAGACCCUGCCAGAAGAGGGGGCCUUCCCCCAGAGCAGAGGCUUGGAAGGAACUCCCACUCCUGUUGCCUGCUUUCCCCCAUGCCAGCUCUGUUUCUUCCAGAGGGUGAGACAGGCUGGACCCUAGGCCCUCCACCUCCCACCAGACCUCACGCCCAGGACACUGCUGCUGAGCGGCUCAGGCUCUGUGCUGUCACUGAGCCUCUCAGAAUGGGCCUCCCCCUGAGGUACGGGUAUAAGUGGCUGGAACCAAGGUCAGGGCCUAACUGUUUCUUCCCCUUGGCCCCAUGGCCCCACUUACUCAUCCACCUGAGGCUUCACCCUUCUCAACUCACUGUUGGGGGAUGGGGCGGGGGGUUGGGUCACAAAGUGGCAACCUGAGAACAGCUUGACCCCAUUGAAGAAGAGAGGGGGUUAGACACCCUUACCGUCUUCUCCCCUAGCACAGCUGGGAGAGGCAAGAGGGAGGAACUGGGCCUCUGGAGCACCUUCCCUAAGGCUUUCUGCAGGGGACGCUGAGCCAGCGGGAUUGCCUCCCUCUGCUUGCCUCCCCACACCCACCGUUUCGACAUCUGGGGAGUAGAGAGAAUCUCCCCAGACCCCAGAAGCUGUCCUUAUGCCUUGCCUCUCAGGCCCUGGCACAGUAGCUGGCCUCACAGGGUAUGGAAGAGGUCCCUGCCUCCCUUUGGAGGGACAUCUUGACCCCUUCCUCCCACCCUCCUCCCACUGAGGACUCUAGCAGCAUGGAUGAGCUCUGGGGGAUGAAAGGCCUGUGCUCCUUAAUUUAGGAUGUCCUAGGAUCUUCUAGAGCAUGGGUCAGUGAGGGGCUCUCCUAGUCUCAAUCUCCGUCUUUAGGAUCAUUUAGGAACACUGAAGUCUUCCAGAAACCUAGGAGAGCUAGGCUAGAUACUCAGAUUAGCCCUGACUGUGUCCCUCUCCUCCCCAGAUUAGCACCACCCCUUACUCUUGGGUUGGAAGCUGUGGAAAUUAUAACCCAUCACCUGCAAUUCCUUUCUGCCUACCUUUCCUGAGGGGCUUGCCACAUGCCCCUGCUGAGGGAUCCUAGGGAGGGCAGGUGCCACCCCACAGGCCCUUUCCUGCAUCGUGAGCCAGGUGGAAUUUGCCUGUCUGGCCUAUUGGGUUCUUAAUCCUUCACGGCAGCCAGCACCCCCUCCUCCCCACCUGCCCACUGUUCUCAAUAAAAUAUGAGUGGUGACAGGCCUUUGCAGGAAUGCUUUGUGGAGAAUGGCCUGACAAGCUGCUCCAGGAAGGCAGUAGUCACAUGGGUCGUGCAAAAGUGCAUAGGAUAGAGCAGGUGACGGCAGGAGAUGGGAGCUCCAGCUCCCCAGUUUGGGUUCAUCCCCUGUCUUGCCUAUACUCUGCUGUGCAAAUGUUUCCAAAGUCCAAGAGCAGGGCUCCUCUGAGGUCAAUGUGGAUCCUCAGUACCAGGCUACAAGAUGAGGCUUUUGCUCAGGGACUGAACUACAGCUUCCCAAGUGUUUGAGAAGGAGGCUGUUGUGAUCCAAGAUUAGCAAUCUGAGCACUGGUCCUAAAGGACCUUGGGUAAGUCAUGUAUCCUCUCUGGGCCU